AUGUGCUACGUAGACUGUCUCGAUGAACUAUCAUUGUUUCAAUGUAUCCUCUUUCAGGUAAUUAUAUUUGCUGAGCGGAAGCAGGAUGUAGAUGCCAUUCACGAAUAUCUGCUGUUGAAAGGCAUUCAGGCCGUCAGCAUCCACGGUGGCAAGGACCAAGAAGAGCGGACAGCCGCUGUUAACGAUUUUCGGGCUAUGAGAAAGGAUGUUCUUGUCGCUACGGACGUGGCCAGCAAAGGUCUCGAUUUUCCUGAUAUCAAUCACGUUAUCAAUUACGACAUGCCAGAGGAUAUUGAAAAUUAUGGUACAGUCUGUUUUGUCCUAUUUGAAUUUUGUCAGAAACUUGAUUCCUCUUAA